AGAUCUUAGUUGUACAAUUCCAUACAAACUGGUGCCACUGAACGCAAGAUGCGCUCCAUUUGGAUCAUCACGUUCCUCCUCUUCCUAUCUCGGUUGUCAUUGGCGGAGGAGCAGAAGCCACAGUUCGAGGUGGAUGGGAAAGUAUUGGAACUAGAUGAGUCCAAUAUUGAAGCUGCUAUUUCCACCUUCGAUUAUAUAUUGAUCGAUUUCUAUGCUCCUUGGUGUGGUCACUGCAAACGUCUUUCUCCUCAGUUGGACAAAGCUGCUGCCGAUCUUGCUUUUCUGAAGCAGCCCGUUGUAAUUGCAAAAGUAAAUGCUGACAAAUACAGUAAUCUUGUUUCUAAAUAUGAAAUUGAUGGCUAUCCAACUUUAAAGAUAUUCAUGCAUGGAGUUCCAACAGAUUAUUAUGGACCAAGAAAGGCAGAUUUACUUGUGCGAUCUUUGAAAAAGUUUGUCGCUUCUGACGUGGCCAUACUCAAUUCUGACUCAGCUAUUAGUGAAUUUAUUGAAGAAGCAGGCAAAAGUUUUCCUAUAUUCAUAGGCUUUGGCUUGAAUGAGUCUACCAUAUCACAUUUGGCAGUGAAAUACAAGAAAAAAGCAUGGUUUUCUGUGGCAAAAGAUUUCUCAGAUAAAACGAUGGAAUUCUAUGAUUUUGACAAAGUACCUGCAUUGGUAGCCCUUCAUCUGAGUUACAACGAACAGAGCAUAUUCUAUGGCCCGUUUGAAGAAAAGUUCCUUGAGGAUUAUAUCAAACAGAGCUUGCUCCCUCUGGCUUUGCCCAUUAAUCAAGAUACUCUGACAUCGUUGAAAGACGACAAGAGGAAAAUUGUUCUAUCAAUUGUGGAAGAUGAGCAUGAUGAGAGGUCGAAAGGAUUAGUAAAACUCUUGAAAGCUGCUGCAUCUGCGAACCGUGACUUGGUGUUUGCUUUUGUCGGGUUCAAGCAGUGGCAAGACUUUGCUGGGUCAUUUGAAGUAUCUAAGAAAACUAAGCUACCAAUGAUGAUUGUGUGGGACGGAGACGAGGAGUACUUUUCAGUCAUCGGCUCAGACAGUGUUGAAGAUGAAGAUCAGGGGUCCCAAAUUACGCGGUUUCUUCAAGGAUAUAGGGAAGGAAGCGUUGUACAGAAACGCAUCACUUCGGAUGCUUACAAGGCUUUCAGAAACUCAAUGUAUAUGAUCGGAGCACUUAUCCUUGUUCUUGUUGUGAUAUUAGUGGUGACGAUCAUGCAGUCUCUUAAAGAGGAGCCCCCAAGAGACCAGUUAGAUCAUCCAGGGAGCUCCACAUCUCCAUUAGAAGCCAGAGAACCACUUCGUUCUGGCGAUAAAGAAGACAAGAUAGAUUAAGUUCACUUUUUGGAUGUUAAUUUCAAUAUAACCGAAAUAAGUAGUUUGUAAGUUUGUAAAAUCUUUGACAAGAUAAGCAAUUGACAUGGCAGCCUCAGAGA